AUGAAUGUGCUCUGGUCGAGCUUCGAGGACCAAGCACUACGCGCGGCCAUUGCAGUCCUCGGCGGCUGCCGCUGGGAGCAAAUUGCGCGCAGUUGCCCACGGCGGUCGGCACUCGCAUGCAAGCAACGCUGGAAGAUGCUGCAGACCCAAGGCGCCAACAAGCGGGCGUGGAACUCGCGCGAAGACAGUGUGUUGAUGGCGCUUGUCCGCCAAUACGGUCCAAGCAGGUGGGCGCUAAUCGCGUCGCACCUUCUGCACCGCAACGCCAAGCAGUGCCGAGAGCGCUGGCACAACCAGCUCGACCCGACCAUUCGCCACACCGAGUGGACCGGCGCCGAAGACCGGUUGGUGUUGCUGCGGCAGCACGAGCUCGGCAACAAGUGGUCUGCGAUUGCCGACGAGAUGCCGGGCCGUACGGACAAUGCCGUCAAGAACCGAUGGCACGCGUCCAUCAAGCCCAAGCGCGCGACAACGACGCCAGGAACGACCGUGCUCUUCGCCGACUGGGCGCCGCUCGCGGCCGUCGACUGGACUUUCUUUUCGUAUCAAUAAGAUCUUGAAACAGUGUAUUUCCA